AUGUUGAACGUAACUACAUAUAGUGGUGACGUAGUGAGGGCCGGGGCCUGGCGCGGCCGCGCGGUGCUGGGGCGCGCAGUACACUCACCAUUUAGCCCUGCAAUAGAACAAAACAACAUGUCAGUGGACGCUUUUCACGUCACCAACAGCUCAGUGCCACUGCCAGAAGGGGGCUCGCCAGUCCCUCGGCUAUACUACACAAGAAACGCUGCUCUGAUCGCGUGGUGCACGCGAUGUUGCCCCCAGCAUUUGCCACACUUACUUACUUUUACCAGGAAAACACGCUUUAAAGGCAAAGUGAUGGGGAUCAUCGUGAGGAAUAGACGUUGCGGCGCAGCUUUAAAGAAAGGCUUAAAAAGUGACUUUCAAAAGUUUUAA